AUGCUUCUUAGUGGUCCCUGGGAUUUGGAUAAUUUUCCUGCUCGCACACAGGUUUAUAGAAGUUGUAAUAAGAAUAAUUUAGGAAGCGGUAUACUAGUCGGACGCGAUAUACCUGGUUAUGUAAUUCAUGCUGAUUCUGUUUCUUUCCGAAGUUAUUGUGAUGACGGUAAACCCUCAUACAUUUCGCUAAACUUACCAAAAUUUGCUUACUUAGAUAUUGUUAAGGAAGAUUGGAAAAAAUAUACAUUAGUUAGUGGACCAGAAGGUGGUUCUUUUAAGUAUGGUGUCUAUCCUUUAGUUUUGUCAUUCUCUUCAAAUUUAGUCAUUAUUUGGUUUUUGACAGUGUUAGUUUUCAUCUCUAUACAUGACAGUCAUCAUAGAUAUUUCUCAAGAAUAGCGAAACUGGCUUCAAUGCUAGCUACUAUAAAUAUUACUAUUUUUGUAAUUAGAGCAAUGACUCAACUAUCCCGAGAUCAUCACAGAAUUGGCGCGGUAACCGUACGAACGGUAUUACAUCUUAUAACAAAUGAUUAUUGUUUUAUUAUAUUAGAUUUCCUAUCAAUAUUACUGUUACAAAUAUGUCAGUUAUUAAAUAUUACCAGAAUUUUUGGCAGAAUUGUGGAAAAGAGAAUUGUCUUCUUAACAGGUUUAAUGUUUAUAAUAUGCGCUAAUGUAUUAUGGGCAAUUUCCACAUUCGCAGACCCUAAUAAAACAAGUUUCCAUUUUUCAGAUAUAUUAUCACCUUUUGUUUACCUUUUUCGAAUAGCACUCGGUGCUUCAUAUGCUUGUAUAAUUACGUCAUAUGUUAUCAGCAAGUGGAAAUUUUGUUUUAGUGCCACACAACUGGCAACCUUAACGAUAUUAACAAUCGUAAUAGUAUUUUUACAGUUAGUGGUCUUUUUCUGCGAUAUAAUCCAUGUAUGGUUAAGUAAUCUGGGUGAACUUUUCAAUAUCACUUGUUAUUUGGGAUCAACAAUCAUUGUUUGGGAGUGGUUAAAUAGAAUAGAAAUAUUAACAAGAAAAAAGGAAGCCCAAAGUAUACUUGGAAGACAUCUAUAUGAAUAUGAACAGACUGAUCAUAAUAUAGCAAACUAUGCAUUAAAGGUACAAGAUGCAUUAGUUCGCUCAGAUUUAUCAGACAAAAGCCCAGGCUCAUUUAAUGAUUCUGAAAGUUGUGAAAGUAUACUCGAACCUAUCAAUGGCGUUAGCAUUAAUCAUAUUGUAAAAUCUAAAUCGAAAGAUGCCCCAUAUAUUAGGACAAAUAAUUUAGCUGAGAAUGAUAAUGAUGACGAAAGUAUAAACCAAGUUCAAUUUAAGAGAAAGAAAACUUAUAAGGACUACUUAGGCGAUAACUUACAGGUUCCAAUAAAUAGGUUAACACAAUUUACUGAUUAUGUCGUUAUGAAAAGUUUUGGUGCCUCUACAAAAUCAAAUUAUGCAUCAACGGAUAGCUCAGAUAAGAAUCAAAAAGAUAUAGUAAGAAAUAGAAUUGGGUUGGAUAGACCAAACGAUGUUUUUGUUUAUAGAAAUAAAGAUAUUGUAUUCGAUUCGGAUGAGGACACUGUAGAAAUGGAUGCUGAUGAAAGCAUCUGA